GAAUGGGUGAAUGUCAAGGUUGUAGUGAAUCGGCACUAUGGAUAGUAACGAAACUCGAGCUAGCGAUCAAAAACCUUGCAGAAGUUGCGUCGACUUUAAGACUUGGAUAAAAGCUCAAAAAAAAAACCGAGCAACUGAAGCGAAAGAAAAUAACUCAAAUAAUUUGAAUAGCUCUAAUAGCAAAUUUAAAGAUGAUUCUGUUCAACCGACCACCAACACAACCUCCCAAUUACCGCCAAAAAAAGAACCUAUUCCAUCAAAUACAUUAAAGACAGAAAAUUUAUCAAAUAGUAAUUCUGAAUGUCCAGUUGACAGUGAAGAGUUAGGGAGAUCUGGAUGGACCGUUCUUCAUACAAUGGCCGCUUAUUAUCCAGAAAAUCCUUCAGAAAAUGUUCAAAAAGAUAUGAAAAAUUUUAUGACACUCCUAUCAAGAUUAUACCCUUGUAAAAGAUGCGCUAAAGAUUUACGAAAAGAUUUAAAAGAUGAUCCUCCAGAUGUUACUUCCCAAAAAUCACUAGCCAAUUGGAUGUGUAAUUUGCAUAAUAAAGUAAAUGAAAAACUUGGAAAACCUCUAUUUGAUUGUAGUAAAGUUAACGAACGUUGGAGAGACGGCUGGAAAGAUGGAAGUUGUGACUCUUAA